AUGAUUUUGAAUUCACAAGAUGCCACCGCAGAGAAGGUCCACCAGACUCAACUCUUGCCCACAUUAAUCACGUAUGAAGCCAACAGUCAGGAGCAAGACGAGCGAACCACAGAGGAGAACGCAGAUUCACCCUCUGAGAUGUCUAAGGCCAGAGCAGUGCUGAUGAGUGAAGAGGAACUGGAGGCACUUGUAAACACCGGAGAAGAUACUGAUGAUGCCGAGUCCAAUGAUGCCCAGGAGGUAGUGGAAGAAGCUGUGGAAGACGCUGCAGAUCAAGUGAAGACGACUAUGGAGAAAACUGAGGCUAAACAGGAGAAAUUGUUUGAGGAAGUGGAAAGCAGCGCUGAAUCUGAGACUCCAUUGGGUUUGGACUACGCCAGUGACAGCAACAGCUUACAACUUGUCAAGAUCCUACCAGCCAAAGAUAUGGAUGAAAAACGUCCAGUGUCCAGUGUGGAUGAAGUAAACGCUCAACAACUGGACAAAUAUGAAGAAAAACAACAUGAUAAAUCUGCGCAAACAGAAAGCGACAAGCAAAAGAUGAAAGAUGCGGACAGUGUGUCACAUGAUGCUACGGAGGUUCAGAACGAUAUGCCAGUGAGAGGAGAGGAAGAGGAGGAGGAGGAGGAGGAGGAGGAGAGAAAGAACAACAGUAAUGUUCAAGGCAGGAAGAGGCAGAGGAAGCAGAAGAACCAGCGAUCGAAGAAACACUCUCCUCAGAAAGAUGAGGCCCGGAUCGAAGCAGAGCCGAACCCGCCCAAGCCAGCCAAGGAGGAGCCGGUGCAGUCAGAGGGCAACAGCACUGACAACGGAGCGCACAAGACCAAGAGGAGGAGGGCCGGCAAAUGGGGGGCUCUGGUGGGAGUGAAUCCAGUGCAGAUCCGAGCCACGGUGGACCUGUACCCCGGGUCGAGGGCCGCGCUGGCAGGAGUCACCCAGGACCUUGAAGCCUCAGCAGACCCAUGCGACACCUUCCGCUGCAAACGUGGGAAAACAUGUAAACUGGACGACGGCAAUAAGCCAAGUUGUGUGUGUCAAGUGCCAUCGGAAUGUCCUCCAAGUCUAAAUGAGCUGGACCAUGUCUGUGGAACUGACAACAAAACAUAUGACACAUCUUGCGAACUGUUUGCCACAAAAUGUAACCUCGAGGGCACUAAGAAAGGACACCGGCUUCAUCUGGACUACACUGGAUCAUGCAAACUGAUCCCGCCCUGCCUGGACCCAGAGCUGAUCCAGUUUCCAUUGAGGAUGAGGGACUGGCUGAAAAAUGUCUUACUUCAGCUGUAUGAACACGACACCACCUCCCCGGGCUUCCUAACGCCUAAACAACGCUUAAGAGUGAAAAAAAUCUUUGAGAGUGAGAGACGUCUUCAUGCCGGUGAUCACUCAGUCGAACUUCUUGAACGGGACUUUGAGAAAAACUACCACAUGUACAUCUAUCCCGUUCACUGGCAGUUUGCACAGCUGGACCAACACCCCUCUGACCGACAGCUGUCCCACUCGGAGCUGGCCCCUCUGAGGGUGCCUCUCGUGCCCAUGGAGCACUGCACUUCCCUCUUCUUCCAGGAGUGUGAUUCUGACAAAGACAAGCAGGUGUCAUUCAAAGAGUGGACUUCCUGUUUUGGCAUCAAAGAAGAGGAUAUGGACACCAGUUUGUUGUUCUGAGCUUCAGAGACAGUCC